AUGGCUCGCAACGUAUCCGUAUUGCUUCUCAACCUGCUCUCGGCAACCACAACCAUGUACGGUUUAAUAAACUGUACUAGCGUUGUACUACCCAGUAAUUUGUCACAUGCAGGACACAAACAGUUUCUAACUAACAUAGCUGCAUUGAUAACGGUGGUGAAUAGUUUGUUCAACGUUUUGAAUCAGCUUUUGGGCGACAAGGGCAGCAUUUCGUUCCUGGCAAGAGAACUUACGUUGCCUGUGGCGAUGUGUUUAGAAACAAUCGUGUGCUUCAUCUACUGGCCUUUAAGACUAUUUUUCAUCAGUCUGAUUAUGCAUGGUGUACAAGACUCUUCAAGGGCUCCAUUGGCGCUUCAUAUCGACAUCUCGAUCCACCUAUUGCCCAUUUUAUACCUUGCCACAGACUAUUUCUUUUUAAAGCCCACUCCAUUCCAAAUUUCUGGCAAAAAGGUCUUUUUGACAUUACCAUCUCUAGGAUUGGCCUAUAGAGUGUACUUGGACAAGAUCAUUGGGCCAGAAGGCAGCUAUCCAUACCCAUUUUUGGACGUUGCUGAACCAUAUAAGUCCAUUAUCUUUGUCGUCGUAUCGCUGUCUGCUGGUUGGAUUUACAUCCUGUACCAAAAAAUCCAUAAAAAUCCAACUCUUGAUUCUAUCAAGAAGCAAGAGUAG